AUGACUACUAUUCAUCACAAUGAUGAAUCGACAUGCAAUCCAACAAAUAAUGCUAGUAUGUUUCAUGUUCUUGGCUGUAAGGAAGAUGAUCUUAACGAACAAUAUCAAGAGUUAAAUGAUGUUAUUUUACAACUUGAUUACUAUCAAUAUGUGGAUAUUUAUUCUUAUCUUCCUAUAAAUGUUAUGAAACAUUAUCGAUAUAUUAAAAAUCUUCAAUUAACAUGUUCAAUUGGAAUUUAUAG